ACCUGCUGCCCUCCAUGCAGUACCAGCGGCAGCUGGAGCACGACGAGGGCUUCCCGCCGCCCGGCGCCAACGGGACCUUCAACGAGAGCGGCGCCGGGCCGGGCACGCCGUACCCCCUGCACACCACCGUGGCGCUCAUCAGCCUCGCGGGCUUGCUCAUGCUCUUCACCGUCUUCGGCAAUGUCCUCGUCAUCAUCGCCGUCUUCACCAGCCGGGCGCUCAAAGCCCCCCAGAACCUUUUCCUGGUGUCGUUAGCCUCGGCUGACAUCCUUGUGGCCACGCUGGUUAUUCCCUUCUCCCUGUCAAAUGAGGUUAUGGGAUACUGGUACUUUGGCAAGGUCUGGUGCGAGAUCUACCUGGCCUUGGAUGUCCUCUUCUGCACCUCCUCCAUUGUGCACUUGUGUGCCAUCAGCCUGGACCGCUACUGGUCCAUCACGCAAGCCAUCGAGUACAACCUCAAGCGUACCCCACGCCGCAUCAAGUGCAUUAUUUUUAUUGUCUGGGUCAUCUCGGCUGUCAUCUCCUUCCCACCACUCAUCUCUAUUGAGAAGAAGAGCGGGCAGCAGGCCGACCAGGGGGUGGCAGCGUGCAAGAUCAACGAGGAGAAGUGGUACAUCAUCUCUUCCUGCAUCGGCUCCUUCUUUGCCCCCUGCCUCAUCAUGAUCCUGGUGUACAUGCGCAUCUACCAGAUAGCCAAGAGGCGGACGAGGGUACCGCCGAGCCGGCGCGCAGAGUGCCCUGAGAAGAAGCAGAAUGGCUUGGCCGACAAGGAGGACCUGCCAGCAACAGCCCAACUCAAUGGAGAGAAGGCAGCGGGAGGCAGCGGUGGGCAGGAGGGAGAGGCCAACGGCAUAGACAUGGAGGAGACCUCCUCCUCUGAGCACCAGGAGAACAACCAGUGUAAGAAGUCAGACAAACCAUCCAGGGGCAAGGCCAAGACUAAGUUGAGCCAGAUUAAGCCUGGGGACAGUUUGCCCAGGAAGGCAGAGGAGGAGAGGAACACCAAAGGGUCCCGGUGGAGGGGCAGGCAGAACCGGGAGAAGCGCUUUACCUUUGUGCUGGCGGUGGUCAUCGGGGUCUUUGUCAUCUGCUGGUUCCCCUUCUUCUUCACCUACACGCUGACAGCCGUCUGCAAGAGCUGCUCUGUGCCCACCACCCUCUUCAAGUUCUUCUUCUGGUUCGGUUACUGCAACAGCUCCUUGAACCCUGUCAUCUACACCAUUUUCAACCAUGACUUCAGACGGGCAUUCAAAAGGAUCCUCUGCAGGAUAGAGAGGAAAAGGAUUGUUUGAAGGACCCUCUGCUACCAGCAGGACUCAAUGAUUCCAGACAGCGUAGGAGACUAAGGCAUGUGUCUCUCGGGCUGUGCUCGCAUGGGAUGGUUUCCCUCAGCUCGCAAGCUGGAAGCCGUUAAAACCCGAGACGAGCCGGCCGAAACGCUGGGCAGC